CCCGCCCGCCGGACCGCGAGCGCCGCUCCCUCCUCGCCGCCACCCCAACCAGCCCCUUCGCACCGGAAGUGAGGGCGGUGGAGCGCCUGUGACGUCACUUCCGGUUGGCGCCACCGCCCCGAACGUCAGGCUGCGAAACGGAGUUUUGCAGAGACGUGUGUCCAGACCAUCAAAUCCUAAUUCCUGUCUUGCAGCUUUUUCUAUAUGGCACAACAGGUUACGCACUGAGAGCCUGUCAAUGGACUUGGAAGCUAAAGAUGAAGAGGAAGAGAGUCUGCAAACAGCUUUCAAAAAGCUGAGGGUGGAUGCAGCAGGAUGUAUUGCAGCUCUGUCUGUGGGCGAUGGGACGGUUCUCAGAAUACCGAGAGCAGCCGUGGAUGGAGCCAAGCAGCAGACUGUCUGCUCUAAAGAAGCGUGGCAUGGGUGUGUGAGAAAGCCUUUCAGAGGAUCAGCAAGAGUCCCACGUCGCAGACGCUCCAAAUCUCCUGUCCUGCAUCCUCCCAAGUUUACAUAUUGCAAUAUGAAAGCCAAUGACCAGCUGAAACACAAAACCCAGGCGGAGACAUCCAAGGGUAACAUCAGUUCAGACAUUUUUGUUACGGCAGAACACGGUACAAAGGAUAGGCACGAUUCUCCUUUUGAGGCCAGUGACAACAGAACUGAACCUUUGGAAGCUUUCACCACCACCACUGAAGAGCCUUUGGAGAAGUCAAGAGAGAAUUACCCUACUCUCUACUCAUCCUUUGAAACUAGCCUGCAUUCUAGCCAAACCUCAGAUUUCCAGUCAUUAUCCAUGCUUAGCAAUGGCAGGCAGUGCCCUUGUACGGACAAGAAAUGCCAGUGCAAACAGUGGCGAACCAUGGAAGUGUACUCUUUCUCUGGCCUACGGAGCGUCCUGUCAGAAUGCGAAAAGGCAGUCCUGGGAGUCCAUGCCCCAUCCCUUCAAAACAGAUCCCCUUGUGGGACAGCCUCAUCAGGUUCUCCCAGGUCUUGUUCUGAGCAAGCUCGAGCCUUUGUGGAUGACGUGACAAUUGAAGAUCUUUCAGGAUACAUGGAAUACUACUUGUAUAUUCCCAAGAAAAUGUCUCACAUGGCAGAAAUGAUGUAUACUUGACUGAAAGCAAUAGAGAAUCAGUUUGUGAUAAUGGUUGGGUUAAAUGCCUUGUCAGUGCCAUGUUUUCACUAUUGUGUUCGAUCAAAUAUUCCUUUGCCUCACACAGUUUAGUUUUCUAAUAAAAUAAAAAAUGGAAUAUAGUUUCUGAGCUUAGUUCUAAGAAGAAUGCACUAAAGUCUCUGAAUACCUUCACAAAAGGACUGUAGAUCAAGUGAACUCCCUUUGUUUUUUGGUUUGUGCUGUGGCUAUCCAAGCUCUGUAUGUUGUUUUCAUGAUGUUUUGGCAAGUAAAAAAAAAAAAAAAAAAAAGCCACCUAGGUUUUUUUUCCUGAAUAUUUGCAGUGUUUGGAAGGUUCAUUCUUAAUGUGUCCCAGUACUUAGAGAAAUGUUUCUGAGCUACAGCUCUGUCCUCCUCAUCCUGCUCCAGAGAGAAGAAUGAGAAGGCAUUUGGCAUUUUGGAUAGGAUGGAUCUCCUUUCAUUGAACACUAUCUGCCUCCGUUUUAGUUAAAUCAAAUUGUGAAUGCUUCCUCCUCACAGAUUUGUUGGGAGGUGCAGAAUGUGUGGGUGUGUGCUUUCGUAAUCUAACUAGCUCACUCUUAAGCAGUUCUAUUUUUCUGCAGAUAAGUGAAGCUUUUAGAAGCAAAAAUAUAUUUUGUUAUUUGUGCUUUACAGAUGGAAUGAUUUAGUGGACAAUGAAGCAGGCUAACAGGAUUUUUUUUGGCCAUGCUGUCUCAGAAGUGGAGAUAGUGGAGCCAUCUAUACAGAUUGUUUCUGAGUAUAUUUGAUACACAAAGCAGCGUGGAAGUAGGGUAAACAAGAGGUGUGUAUUGUACAGGCUUUGUGGUGUAGAGCUGCAACAUUCCUUCUGGUUGAAAAUAUUGAAAUAAAAAGUUCUGUUGCUGCGACUUGCAUUAAUAAAUGUUUGUCAAAAACCAGCA